CACCAAGGCCCUGCCCGGCUGAUCGUCUCUUGCUCCUCAGCGACUUAGCCGAGGCAAUUUGGUAGAGGCCUGCAGUGUCAGCCGAGGCAGCGCGAGCAUGCUUCUUCUGGCUGCAUUGGCAGCUUCCGGCCAGGCUGGGCCGCGCGACGGUAGCGGUAGCGACGAGGCGGCCGGACACCACAGUCUGCGACACUGGCUCUCUGGACUCACCAUCAGCUGGCCGGACACCACAGUCGUCGUCACGUCCCCGGAGCGUGAUCCUCGCGGCGGGCACCCGCUCUACGUCACCAUCUCCGGCGCUGUGUGCAGCAAAUCACACAUCGAGGCGGUGAGGUCCGAGUUCCUUGAUGGCCAUCUGUCGAGCGAAGCCGAGGCGUCGAGCGAGCUGUACGUCGCAGUGGACCACUUUGGCGUGGAGUGCGAGGUUUCCCGCGUGCUCGUCGAGCAGGCGCCGCCCGCGAGGUCCGGCUCGAUGCUGGUCCCUCUCCAGCUCGGCGAGAAGCUGUACCUCGACCUGUACUCUGCCCGCAACUGGCCCACCGGCGUCACCUUCACGCUGAGCGACGCCUCUGUGGCGACGCGGCUGCGCCUCUUCACGGUCGGCGAGGAGCGGCUGCCGGAUCUCGACCUCAUUGACACGCAGCUCGACCUGCGACCCGAGCACCUCUCCGUGAGCCUGCACGGCGUCGGCCUGCCGCUUCCAGGCGCCGACCUUCUCGCAAACACUGCCCUCUCCGCGGUGAUGCUCGGCUGGGGGGCCGCCGAGCGCCUCGACUACUCCGGUCUCCUCUCGUCGAUGCUUUCGUCCUCGCUGCGCGCCGCCUUCGCAGAGCAGGUGCUCCCUGCGCAGGUGGCGCAGGUGCACGCCUUCCUCGCCGCGCUCGCCGCCGCCGACGGGAAGCUGUCGCGGCCGGAGCCGCCCCUCCCGCCCGAGGCCCUCCGCUGGCGCGAGUCCGCAUGGCUCGAGGCGGGCGCCACCGCCCUCAACACCGCCCUCGGAGGAGUCAAUGGCACCUCCCUCCCCUUCCCGCCCCUCGGCCGCACCUUCAAAAUCAUCGCCGACGGGGCUGACGACGACGGCGAGGAGCGGCCCGCGCUCGGCAUCAACCGGCUCGCGAGGCUGAUCGGCGGCGAGAACGGGACCCUCAGCGGGGC